CGCAUGUUUGAUUAUCUUGCUGUUCGCCAGUCGGCCCACCUCGCCCGAACAAGCUCCGCGUUCCCCGCCAACUCUAAAAGUUCAAGCCCCUUAAAUUAAAGGCCGCAAAAGCCAUAACUACAACAGAAAGAGUUGUCUACACGGCCUUUCCAUCCCCGGAUCCCUCAGGAUGGAUUGUAUAACCUCCCGCAUCCCUCCUCCUAUACUCGCAGCCGCAGAGGAUCUGGGUCUCGAACCGCAAUGGCUCAGCAUCGGGAUCGUGGCGAGCUUCACGUUCGUCGCGGCAUACUUGGGCUACGCAUACGUGCUCUGUCGGAGAGAGGCGCCGGUCAAGUUCAACGUUCCGCUUCCGCCUGAAGUGCGUCCUAAUUGGGUCGCGAAGAACUGGGAUGAUGUGCAAGCAGAAGAUAAGGUGUUGUUGGAGGCGCAGACUCGAGGGCAAUGGAGCGAAAAGAAGAUAAUGAGCUAUUGUCCGGCGGAUGGACGAAUUUUGGGCGCUUCUGGUCCGGGUAUUAAGCCGGAGACGCCGGAGGGAAUCGAUCGCGCGGUGCAAGCGGCGAAAAAGGCGCAGGUUGAAUGGGCGAAGACAUCGUUUGCGGAGCGGAGGAGGGUUCUGAAGACUUUACUGAAAUACGUACUUGAGCAUCAAGAUGAGAUCGUGACUGCCUGCUGCUUGGAUUCCGGAAAGACUAAAGUCGACGCAUCGUUUGGCGAAAUCCUCGUGACGACUGAGAAACUGAAAUGGACAAUCGAUCAUGGAGAGAAAGCGCUGCGGACUGAAUCUCGACCGACCAACUUCCUGAUGAUGUAUAAGAAGAAUACGGUUCGGUAUGAGCCUCUGGGCGUGGUCGCCGCUUGUGUCUCUUGGAACUAUCCUUUCCACAACUUCAUUGGUCCGGUCAUCAGUGCUAUCUUUGCUGGUAAUGGAAUCGUGGUCAAGCCUUCGGAGCAGACGGCCUGGUGUACGGGCUAUUUCCUGGACAUCAUCCGUGGAGCGUUGAUCAGCUGUGGACACCCCCCGGAUCUGGUCCAGAGUGUCGUGUGUCUGCCGAACGUUGCGGACGUCCUAACAUCGCACCCCGAUGUCUCUCAACUUACGUUCAUCGGCUCGAGGCCCGUUGCGCACAAGGUCUGCGAAUCUGCAGCGAAGGCGCUACUCCCUGUGACGGUGGAGCUUGGUGGAAAGGACCCUUCGGUUAUCCUGGAUGAUUCGACGACUAUCAAGCAGCUUCCUGAUAUCGCCUCGAUCCUUAUGCGCGGUGUUUUCCAGUCCGCUGGUCAGAACUGUAUUGGUGUAGAGCGGGUUAUUGCUCUGCCCGGUGUCUAUGACAGGCUGCUGGACAUUGUCACACUACGUAUCAAGGCACUUCGUCUAGGUUCCAUCUUUUUGGACUCCAAGCCUGACCCUAAGGAUCCUAACUACAAGCCUAUCACUCCAGAUGUGGGCGCGGUGAUCUCUCCUACUGGCUUCGACCGCUUGGAAUCUCUCAUUGAGGAUGCCGUUAAGAACGGUGCUCGUCUUAUCUGCGGUGGAAAACGCUACAAUCACCCGAGACACCCAUAUGGCCAUUAUUUCACACCCACCCUACUCGCAGACGUCACUCCCUCGAUGAGAAUCGCCCAGACUGAACUGUUCGCUCCUGUGUUUGUUCUCAUGAGGGCCUCUUCUGUGCCGGAUGCCAUUGCCAUUGCCAACUCCACCGAGUACGCCCUGGGUGCCAGUGUGUUUGGAUUCAACAGUCGGGACGUUGAAGCCUGCGUCUCUGGCAUCAAGUCUGGUAUGGUCGCCGUCAACGAUUUCGGAAGCUACUACGCCGUCCAGCUGCCCUUCGGCGGCGUCAAGGGCUCAGGAUACGGCCGAUUUGCCGGUGAGGAAGGUCUGCGCGGUGUGAGCAACAUCAAGGCGGUCUGUGUGGACCGUUUUCCCAGAUUGAUGGCCACCAAGAUCCCACCCACGGUCGACUAUCCGAUUUAUAAGGGCGACGGUGAUCGUAAGAACGGCAAUGGAGCAUGGGAAAUGUGCAAGGGUGUGGUGGAGACUGGAUACCAGUUGACUUUGGCUGGACGAGCCAGUGGAAUCAUGAAAAUUAUGAAGAAUCUGUGAGAAGAUAUUUGAUAUAAACUGUGGCGGUCAAUUCACGACUGCAUGUCAGCAAGGGUAAAAGCCCUGUAUAAUAAUGACUGUAUAAAAGAAUCAGUGUAUAAUAACGAGAAAUUAUCUCAAU